GCUGUGCGGGGAGCCGGUUGGGGGGGGGCAGGCUUCCCUUCCCUCCGUGGGGAGCUCCUCUUUCUUUCACUCGGUCUGGGGAGGCAAAGAGCUAGCCUUGCGCGACGUGGGAACUCGGGCGCGUUUGCCCUGCGGGACGGGAAGUUCGAGCGCCCGGGGCGGGUCGGACCGAGCUGCGCCCUGGGCUGAGCGCCUCCCCUGUGCCGUGGGGUCCGGGCUCCUGUAGUCAUCACCCGGGGCCUGGGCCAGGCGGAGGCGAGUCCUGCAGGGCCGAAUUUAAGGACGCGCCCUCGGAACCCUUCAGGAAUAAGUAGUACUUUUCUUAGAGUUUACUCAUUUAGUUAUUUAAAAGAGUUACAGAGGAGACAGGAGAGAGAGAGAGACGGACCUUUUAUCCCUUGGUUCACUCCCUGAUGGCCACAUCAGCCAGGGCUGGGCCAGACCAAUGCCAGGAGCUUUAUCCAGGUCUCCCACAUGUUUGCAGGGAUCCGAGCACUCGGGCCAUUUUCCACUGGGUCAUUAGCAAGAAGCUGGAUUGGAAGUGGAGCACCUGGGACAAGAAUUAGCUCCCAUAUGGGAUGCCAGCAUUACAGGCGGCAGCUUUAUUGGCCAUGCCACUUGCCGGACCCAAGAUAAUAAUACUUUAGGGGCCUGCGCUGUGGCGCAGUGGGUUAACGCCCUGCUCUGAAGCACCGGCAUCCCAUAUGGGCACUGAUUCAAGAACCGGCUGCUCCUCUUCUGAUCCGGCUCUCUGCUAUGACCUGGGAAAGCAGUAGAAGAUGGCUAAGUCUUUGGGCCCCUGCACCCGGGUGUGAGACCCAGAAGAGGCUCCUGGCUUUGGAUCGGCGCAGCUCUUUGGGGAGUGAACCAUCAGAUGGAAGACCUCUCUCUCUCUCUCUCUCUCUCUCUCUGCCUCUCCUUUCUCUGUGUAACUCUGACUUUCAAAUAAAUAAAUCUUAAAAAAAAAAAAACUUUAAAGCAAUGUGUCUUAUCAAUCAAGAGAAUCAAGUCAUGCAUUUUAAAAAAUUUUGGGUUGGGUGAAUAUAUUAAUAUUUUUUUUUUGACAGGCAGAGUGGACAGUGAGAGAGAGAGAGAGAGACAGAGAGAAAGGUCUUCCUUUGCCGUUGGUUCACCCUCCAAUGGCCGCCGCGGCCGGCGCACCACGCUGAUCCGAUGGCAGGAGCCAGGAGCCAGGUGCUUUUCCUGGUCUCCCAUGGGGUGCAGGGCCCAAGCACCUGGGCCAUCCUCCACUGCACUCCCUGACCACAGCAGAGGGCUGGCCUGGAAGAGGGGCAACCGGGACAGAAUCCGGCGCCCCGACCGGGACUAGAACCCGGUGUGCCGGCGCCGCUAGGCGGAGGAUUAGCCUAGUGAGCCGCGGCGCCGGCCAAUAUAUUAAUAUAUUUUUAAAAAUCGUUUAUUAAUUGGGGCUGGUGCUGUGGCUCACUUGGUUAAUCUUCUGCCUGCAGCGCUGGCAAUCCCGUAUGGGUUCAGGUUCUAGUCCCGGUUGCUCUUCUUCCAGGUGGUUGCAGCGCCCGUGGGGGAGAGGGAGGGUCAGCAGAGCCUCCUGGGAAGAGUAGGGAAAGAAACCAGAACAGAGAGCAGGUUCUACUGUCCUGGGGGCUUCGGAGAGCUCAGGACUCUGGAGACAAAGGCCCAGGGCAGACUUCCAGGCUACCUUCCCUCCCCCAACAAGGCAGGGACCUGCCCAGUUGCCCUGACAGUGGCCACAUUGUGAGGUGGUUCUGGUUACAGCCACUGGGGAUGGGGUGCAAGGUGACAGAGGUAGUGGGGGCAGUGGCAGCGCCCCAGGCUCUGCCUGCCCCCACCCUGUGCCCGGGACCUUCCACCAUUCCACCAUCAUGGGCAGUGCCUACCACUGGGAGGCCCGGCGCCGACAGAUGGCUUUGGACCGCAGGAGGUGGCUGAUGGCGCAGCAGCAGCAGCAGCAGGAAGAGCAGGAACAGAAGAAACUCCAAGAGAAGGAACGUUGUCAACCUGAGAAAAAGCCCCAGCCACACCAGGAGUCCAAGAAGCCGCAGCCACCACCAGCACAAUCACAACCCGUGGCUCCGUCGCAGUCCAAGUCACCCCCGCAGCCGCCAGCACAGCCACCCGAGCAGCUGCCGCCGCCGCAGCCGCCGCCACAGCCAGACGCCCAAGACCCUGUCACUCAGUGUGCCCUCAAGCAGCAGCUCCAAAAGGAUGCCCAAAGACCAGGCCAGCUUGCUUCCACGGGGGCCCAUCCAGGUCUUGCAAACCCAUGCCAAUGCAGACCUCCCAAAUACAAUGAGUAUUCGCGACUCACGUCAACCAAUUACACCCAGCAGUGGUGAUCCAGAAAUGGCCUCUGAGACCCCACUGGCUAUCACCAAAAAGCAGAUGAACCACACAGCUGGCCACACCUCCUUACCUCCCAGCAACAUCUCCGCUCCAAAAGCCAUCCAUUCUAGGAGGCUGGCUGGGAAUAAACUGUGAUUUCUUCCUGGGAACACU